GUGAGACGAAAAAAAGCAGCAGAGAAAAAAUAUUAAAAAAAAAAUACAAACAACCUGAUUCUGAGGGUGCUCUUGGCGUGCCCACCAUUAUAGCAUCAAGAUCACAAUCAUGGCCACAGAGCAGCGUAGUCUGAAACAGGACGGUUAUUUGGAUGUGGGCACUAACUGCGAUAGUGGAAGUGGCAGCGAGGCCGAGGCCCGUCCUUCCUUCGAGAUGCGCAACAUUGUCUACCAUUCACAAUUGAAUGUGCUGCUCUUGUUUGGAAUGGAUAAUGUCUUAAAAAUUAUGGAUGUCAAUUCUGGAGUAAUACUGCAGACGCAUCAAUUGGGCUCAAAUGGGAAUGUGGACCUUACAGUGCAUGGACGGUAUAUGCCGCUGCAGGAUAAAAUUCUCUUCUGGGAUGGCCACAAUCUCGGAAUGCGCGGUGAUUAUAAUGGCGUCUUGCUAUUGGAUACCAUACUGCAGGCACCAAUUGGGCAAAACGAUGAUUACAUUAAAUUGGAAAUCAUUUUAUCAGAAGCGAUCAUUUUUCAAAAUUGUAUAAACGAAUUGGAGAGCGAAGGUCUCGAAUGUCCCUGCGAUAUCAGCAACGAGCUGACACAGAAAAUUAAUCAGGCACAGCUAAAUGCUAAGAAAGGCAUCAAAGCCCAGCGUUGGAACACCAUUUGCUUGGAAGUGCCCUAUUCAAGUCUUAAACUUGUGGCCAAUAAUGUAGUUAUUCUGCUGAAACGUUUGGAGCGUCACAUUCCAGUGCUGGCCAUUGCUUCGGCAAUUAAUGAGCGACUUACGGACAUGCUAAUGGGCUCUAGAGUCCCAGAAUUCGGUUGGAACUUUAGUAACUUCCAGCGAGUGUUAAUGCAUUCAGAGGCCGUGCGGCGUCAGACUUUUGAGAAUUGGCCACAUAUGGACUACAAAUGGGCCCUGCCUGAUCAAAUGGCCCAGGCUGGUUUCUAUCAUCAGCCCUCGUCAACCGGGGAAGACAGAGCCAUGUGCUUCACCUGCAAUGUAUGCCUGGUUUGUUGGGAAAAGACUGAUGAACCAUGGAGUGAGCACGAACGCCAUUCUCCACUCUGUCCGUUUGUGAAGGGUGAAUAUACACAGAAUGUGCCACUAUCCAUCACCUAUGCUACCAAUCCCGCGCUUACUUCUCCUGGCCAAGGCUUUGACAUAAUUUCGAAUAGUGAUUAUGCUAAUGUACUCUGCACUUGCAGUUCUCAGACUGGCGAAUUGAGCGUUUGGAGCAUUGAGCGACAUUUGAAACUUAUGUGCAGCUUUCAUGUGCCCACUCUGCUUAAGGAUUGUUUCGAGGAAAGCUUCGAUUGGGCACGCGUUACAGCCAUUUGCGUGCUUCCUAAUGAACGAGCUCGUACUAAAGUUAACUACGUCUACUCCUCGGCCAAUUAUGGAGGCGGAAACGGAGGUGGUGGAGCCGGGGGCUCUGUUAAUGGCAGCAAUCAGAGCAGCGGCAAGUUUUCUCAACAGCAUAUAACCUCCACAUCAACUCUGCGUGCUGGUGUCGUCGGUUCAAAGAUUGUAUUGGGCGUGAGUGUACGUCAGAGCAGCGGCGAGUUGGCUCUACGCAUGGUAGUGCUCAGUAUAAUCGAUGUCGAUAGACAUAGCGAGACAUCAGCCAGUUUAAGCAACGACAGCGGCAGUGUUUCCAGCAGCACCGAAAGCCAAUUAAAGAAGACAUCCUCCCAAAUCGGCACCAGUUCUAGUGAUAGCAAUGUGGUUGUGACCCAAGUGAAUCUCGAAUCAAAAGAUGAUGACAACAAGGCGAUGACACCAUAUGAGAAAUUCGCCGAUGGCUUUGAUAGCAAUGGCUUUGUCUCUGCUCUAAUGACCUAUAAUAAGAAUAGCGGCAUGGGACAGAAUAAUGGAGAUAAUGCCUCUGUUCUCUAUGAUUUUGAUCUCUCCACUUUGUCACAGAUUCUUGACCAUAAUCUAGAAGAUCCAGCCAAUGGCCUAAUGGUAUCCUCGAAUACGGUUAAUGUUAGCCAAAGUUUAAUGGGCAUAAGCAAUGAGAUGGAUAAAUUAAUUAUUGAUGAUUCCCAGCCGAACAACAACAAUAAUAAUAAUAAUAAUAUUGAUUCCAACUCUUUGGGCGGCAGCUCCUUGUCCAAUCACAAUAACAAUAACAAUGCUAUGAACAAUGGCGUCAAUAGCGGGAACGAUAAACCCAGCGAGGAGAUCGAAUGUGUUGUUGAAAGCUGGACCAGUGUGAAACGCAUGAAUCCACUAGAUGGUGCCAAUGGAACGCCCAAAGAUGGUCAGGAGAUUGUAGAAAUUGCUGAAAUUCUACCAACUAGUCCGAAAUGCAAUCAAUUGCUUGUUAAAUUGUUACGCACAAAGGCGCGUGACACGGAGGGCAGUAAAAUCAUAAUGGCCACAGUGGCCAAAGAGGAUGAAGACGCUGAAGAUGAGCAGCAGCAGCAGGACAAUGAUCAAUGCUCCAUGGAUAUAGAUGAAAGCAACGCCGAAUGCAAUGUGGCAGCCGCUCAGUUGCUUCUCUUUGACUAUGAUGAUGCACAGAUUUCCAAUGAUUACACAUUAGCCAUGACUUUCAGUCGCGCCAAAUGCCCUAAACAGCUUUGCAUUCUACCCCAUUAUGUAACCGGGAGCUCCACGUCAAGUAUAACUUCGGAGCAAAAGGAAAUGGGAGCUCUUUGUGUGGUGUGUGCUGAUGGCAGUGUUGAGAUCUAUUCUCUCUCCGACUUCCAGUCAACCACAGUUAUCGAGGAAGAGGGCGAGCACUUUGAAACCGUGGUAUAUUGCCGUAAUCUAGACCGACUGUGCUGUUGCUCUCGACAAGGCGCCAUGCUCUUUUACUCAUUGAGUGAGGGGGACAAUGAUUCCGGCGAUGAACUGCUCGAAAUGGAGGAUGACUGCAGUGCCACAUUAACCCAAGGCAUAACAGAUAUGAGUGUCACCGAUGGUGGCCGCGCAGGAAGCGGUAGAAUUGAACAAGCUGGUAAAUCAGUAAACUCCGCUGAAGCCAUUUCGAUAGAUGUGGGUUCCGACGUGGCUUCGACUUCUGGUCAAAGUGCAAAUGUACAAACAUCUCCUUCGAUUAUAUCUUUGCUGGCCAAUGUCACAAAUUUAUUGGCCUACAAAACCACCGAUUUGUCUCUCGAUGAUUUGCGUGUAUUCUAUGCCCUAACCCAGUUCGAUGACAAGCUAACUGUUUAUUCGGCUGAAGUUCCCAGUUGUUGGAACGACCUGGGGCAAGUGCAGAAGCAACGUAAACAAUCACAAAAUAUGCGUAACGGUGAUGAGCGAGAGUUCACACGCACCUGGAGGCUGCAUAAUGAUGCAACCACCUGGGACGAACAUAUCAUCGAGCUUAAUCUGGCUCAACCUGUCUCACUGGGUCAUAUUGAUUUAAAAUUCACUGUGUAUAAACAGUGCCCAAAUCCCGCGGCCAUACAAGUAACACUUCUGAAGCAGAACACAAAUGGCUUUGGUUAUCGCAUGAAAGGACCUCAUGCCAGCUACAAGCCCAAUGUUACUGAUGAUAAUAUUGAUCUCUCUUAUUUUGCCAAUGAAAAUCCUGUGCUUAGCGAGGAAUAUUUACUAGCCCACAAUGCAGAAGUUCUUGCCGGGCCUAUCGAACUGUCGUCGUGUAUUGAUUUGUGUGAUCAGGGCGGGACUGCCACUCUUACAUCGCCCAAACUCUUUAAAACACGAACACGUAAUUUCUUGCUCCACAUCAAGACCGUGUCGGAUCCUUCAAAGGAUGGGCAAAAUAAAACCAGGGCAGCUUCGUCCUUUACAACGCAAGGCAAGUGUCUACAUCAAGUAGAACGUUUUAUAAAUCGCGAUCAAUAUGCCGAAGGGAAUCAAAUGGCUAAUGCCAUGAAAGUUUUAAAGACAUCCAUAUUGAAAAUAUGUCCCUAUGAUUUAUAUCAAAUGCUAAAAUCAAGAAACAAUUCAUCCAAAUUUUCCCUACCAACAUCACCAUCAUCUUCAUCAUCGGUAGAGCCACAGCCAGCGCCAUCAUCAUCAUCAUCUUCGGCGUCACCACCGCUGACGCCAACUACUGCAGCUUCUCGUCCGUCUGCAGUUCGUAGUGUUGGGCCUGUGGCAGGUUGUGAUUGGUUGCAUGAGAUAUCGAUAAGCGUCCGGGCUGUCAAGUCACAUAGUCGAAUCAGCAAUGGACGCAUCCAGCGUAUAGCUAUGUUGGACAGCAAUGUUCUCCUUGAGCAGCUUUUCCGUAUUGUCAGCGACUCGGCCUCCACGCCAUUGACAAAAAAUAUGGCUCUCGAUGUGCUCAUUUGGAUUUGUUUCAUUCGAUUAAAUCGAUUCCGUUCACCAAAAUCGGAGCGGCUUAAGGAACAGAUUAAUAAACAGACGGCCGCUAAUAUUCCUGAUUUGCUAGCCCAGCAGUUUGAAUGCAUUUCCCUAUCCGAGAAACAUAUUGAACAGCUCUUGCGUAAUUGCAUCAUCUACAGUGAACGCAGCACGGCCCACAAGUGUGUCAAGUUGCUGAUAAUAUUGACAGAGGGAGUGGCCAAUCUUCCAGUUGAACUGCAAAAACAUGCCACUCUGGAUACCAGCAUGAAGACAGCUAUAGCAAACACUUUCCACGAGCUACCGCGAGCACAGUGCGGCAGUGUAGUGCGCUGGUACACCAUGCUUACCUGUGCUACCUCGACGGCCGAGUCACACAAUAGUAUUUCCGAGUAUGCCAUAGGUUUACUCAAGGACAUAGCCAAUGAAAUUGAUAAGCGAUGGGACCCUUAUUGUGCCCUGCUCAGCACACGAUUUGGUCUCUAUGGCUUCCCAUUCGAACCGGAGAUCUUCGAUUUCGAUUUUCCCAAUGCAAAUCGACAAGGCUCAAGCACUCCAGUGGCUCUGACAAAUGUAAUACGAAGCAGUGCGACCAUUUUGCCAGUUACUGGCUUGGAUAUUAAACGGCUUAGUUCAAUAGAUGGCGUCGAUUUCCGCACCUUUCCAUAUUUGAUUCGCGGAAAGAGUAUUAGCAAUCAAUUACGUGGUCUACUCGAAGUAGUGCAACUCCAUUUUAAUUGUGUCCAGACAUCCGAAGCUACACGUAUUGACAACAUUGAUAGCGUGGGUGGUACGAAUUCAGGGGCAAAUGUGGUCAUCGUUGAAGAUGUGAUGAUGAUGCCCAAACUGGCGGCAGCCAGUAAGAAAGAAUUGCUCAAUGAUUUGGUUGACGACGUGGAGUCUUUGGUUGCGGAGAUGACGGAGAACGAUAUGAAAAUGGCAUUUGACACACUAGGAAUGGUCAAUGGAUUCAAGGACAAGGCUUGUAAGACUGAAGCUUUGCUUGCUGACCUGGAAAAUGACAUCAAACAGGAGGUGAAAAACGAUAAGCCAUCGAUGAACAUCUCCAAACUAUUGCCACAGCUGACAAUGUGGAAUAGUUUUAUGCAAAAGAAAUUGGAUAUCUAUGAUGAAUUUGAGAAACCAAUGGAUUCGUGGGAUAUAUCGAUGGCGUCACCGCUUAGUCUUAAUGAAAUGGUGGAGCCGGCAACUCAAGAUGACCAACAGCCGGUUGCAGAUCAAGGUCAGCAGUCGGCCCAGCCAUCCCAGCCAGCCCAAAAACAAGUCAACGCUGCGGUGGGAGUGGCAGGUGGAGAGAGUUUGGUAGAUGAUGCCACAGAAAGCGAGAAGAUAAUGCAAAACUUAAGUGCCAAUCCGUGUCAACCUAUCACAUGGCAUAAGUUGCUCACGCCGCCACCUAAGCAAAUGAUUGUUAUUGAUCGUAUGCAUUCCGGUGCGCGUCGUUUCGUCGUUUUGGAUUUUGGUCAUCAUAUUCUUCUUACCGACCUAGUCAUUCCCGCAUGCGAUGAGCUCACCUCGCUGAGUAUUGAUAUAUGGUGCUUUGAUGAGGAGACAGAUGGCACACGGCUUGUUCAGGUCAGCGACAUACAGACAAAGACGCUGGUCUUGAGUGAUAUGCAACCACCGCCAAUUUGUCGUUAUUUGAAACUAACUAUUAUUGGACGCAUUGGUAUGUCGUCGACGAAAUGCAAAGUGCCAUUGGGACGGUUCUUUGGUCAUCCCGUUGUACUUGAACAUGAUGGCUAUGGAGAUCGGUUAAUGAGGUUUAUAAAACAACCAACAUCGUCCCUGCAGAUGCAGCUCAAAUCACUCAAUGCACUCUAUGAGGAUGUUCAUUGUCGCUACAGAUUGGCCAGCUGUAAGUUAAUGGAAUUACUUACACCCAUGCGUAAUAGUGAACUAUCAAAUGUAGCGCAUUUGCAAGCUUUUAUUAAUAAGCAACGUGACGAAGAAAUUACCGGCUUGGACAACAAUAAUAAAGUUGUGUCUCUGUACGAGGAAUGCAUGCUCCUGCAGUAUCAGAUCAACGUCGUUAGAAAUGUGGUGAUGCGUUUAGAGCGCGCCUUGUCUCCCAAAUAUAUAUCGACUAUGCCACCACCGAACUCCGGCCCGCUUACAGUUGAAACUCUGCGAGCCGCAUCAAGGGAUAAGUUACGUGUGCUGAGUCUUAGCCUGGUCGAGGUUCUUUUGCAUUUCUCGAUUGAGUAUGGCAUAAAGAAUAUUCUGCCAGUUCAUCAACGCUUCAAUGUGAUCACUGCCAAAGCAUUAUUCAAUUCCUUGGUGGUCUAUGGCGAUGCCCAAUUGCAACUAGCCACCUGCUCGCUGCUGGUUCGCAUGUGUUGCUUCCAACCCUGGUGGGGCGAUUUUCUGGCUGACACUUUUUGCAGUCUGUUUUCUGCUCAGAAUUGUAAAGCCUUUCCACAAGAUCGCAUCUUCUUCCUGCUCACCUAUUUGGGUCGUCGAAGUAUUGCCAUGGGCGCCUGUCGCUCCAUUGUCAUUGAUGCUGUACUGAAGACUCUUGUCAAGCUUUUAGCUCCAAUUUCUCCGUACUACAAAUUUCAGACAGAGCAGCCCAGCACAUCGGCAAGUGCAGCUGAACGGAAUGCGGCAAUGGGCACAACUUCAGAUCUGCAAUUAAUUACCUGGUUGCUGCUGUUCCUUUCAGUCUGUCUGGAUGACAAUACUGAACGCAAAGAUAAAUCCGCCGCACGCUGGGACUUUAUGAGCUGUGAGAGUGACUUUACAAAGACGCGUCCAAAUAAUGCGACAAAUAGCAAACAGUUGCGUUGUUUUAAGAAACGUAUGAUUCAAACCAACAAAUACUCAUCCCAGCCGUACACUGAUUGGGGCAAAAAAAUCUAUAUGAUUCAAAACGAACAUCCUGGCAUAUUCAUGGAGUUGUCGACGAAAACUAAAGCUGGCGCCGCGGCGAUUAGCAAGAGCACAUCCACGGGUGGCAAAAUUAAUAUGGUCAGCUAUACAGGCGGAGGAGGAUCUCUUGGGCAGUCAUGCAGCACCGCAGGCAAAUCGACAACCACUUCGUCAUCAUCGCCCAAACAUCCAGAAUUUGGCGGCGGUGGCGACGCAGAUAGCAAUAGUAAUUUUGACAAGGGCCUAAAGACAUUGCGGAUGGCCAAUAUCAAGGUUGUAAUACGUGGCCUCUUUGCUUUGCUUUUGGAAAUGGACUUUGAUUGCAAUAUGGAUCAGUUCUUGCUAACCUGCAAAGUUAUUGCCCGCCUUGUGGCCGCCUGCAGACCCUCGGUUCGCCUAUGCAAAAUUGUGACGAGCGCACAACUAGAACAACUUAUACGUUUGGCUGUAUGGAACGAUCAGCAACAGCCUUGGUCUGUUCACGCUAUCACAUGUCUGCUCCAGGAUCUCUUGGACGCAGACAAGCAAUAUAGAGACAGCGAUGUCACGCCCACCAACGAUGGGCCUCGGACUAUGGAGGCUGCAGUGCAGGAGACGCGUGAACUUUUUGGCGACUAUUCAUCCUCUUCCUCCAACUCUUCUUCCUCCUCAUCUGCUUCCGUGGCACAGCAGUCUGUGCUCUGUAUGCCGACAGCAAGUGAAUUUUAUCAGGAGGCUGUUAAAUACAAUUGUCUGCCAUCGUUGAUUGAAUGUGAUGACGCCGAAUUCGAUGAGAUGCUCAAUGACAUUGACAUGAUUGAACGAACAAAACCUGUGACCAAAAAGGAGAGCAAUGCUCUGUGCAAGAAUACCUUCAAUUUCUUUUGUAAAUCAAUCUCUGUGGCACUUGACACACGCCUGGAUACUGGUCUUGAAUUGCAUGUUGAGACACAGUUGCGUAGACUUACCAAUCGGACAUCACUCGAUCUCUAUUCCUCGUUGCCGCAAGUUUUGACCAACGAGUUUGUUUCCUCACCACCGGAGGCAACAGCCUGGCCAGAGUAUUUAACUCAAUUGUGGUCAGGUUCGGAGUAUACGGGCCGCAAUACCUACGUUAUGUUUAAGAACGUCUUUGAUUCUAUAUUGGCCGAUUUGCAUUAUGAGGAUACUUGGGUGCAUUUGGAACAGGUGCUACAAAUGUGGCUAACAUUGAAUUGUGAGCUGGCAGAGAAGCCGUACACUUCGGGCAUUACCCAAACCGAUAUACCAAAAAUUCCAUUUGGGGCCAAUGCUGUCCAGGGCCUCUUGUUGGCCUUGGCCUGGCAUAAUGACAUCAAGUUACGCACAUGGUCGUUGGGCUUCCAAUGCCUAUUCCUAGCCUGCAAUUCAUUGCCAAUUGGAGAUGAAGUUGCAGAUUGUACACGCAUUAACGAGGUUAUUGUAAACGAUGAAAACUUUGAAAAGAUGUUACUGCGCUUCUUCUCCGGCUACGGCAUGAGCUCCUCCAUUAUUACCAACCGAUGUGCUGGUGCCACCAUUUGUAAGCAUCUGCAUGAACUGCUGCUUUGGUUGCAUAGCAAAAGCGAGAGCAGUGGCGGUCUUAUUCCUUGCAAGCGUCGGUUAAAGGAUAUCCUGCUACAUGUGGUGUUGCAGCUGGUACAACCAGGCGGCGCCAUUAGUAAUCAACAAGGACCGAUUGAUGCUCAAAACCAGCUAGUUCGCGAUCUUCUUUGGAUGCCAAAUGAUAAAGGAGAUCUUAAUAUAGCACUUAAGAUAACAGAGAGUGUUUCUUUCCUGGUGUACAACAACAUAUCAAAUGGCGAGAAAUUGCAAUGCCGUGGCAAUGAAAACAACAAUACGGGCAAUAACUUUAGCAAUUUGUUUGCCAAUGUCCUGGGUUCUGAGAAUCCUAACAAAGCCAAUGCAACCAUUUGUGACAAUUCGUUGAUUAUAAAUCUGCUGAACUUAUGCUCGCACAUGGUGCUGCCUGAGAUGCCUCGGCAGCCAAGUGAGGUAACGAUACCCGAAGAGGAGGAGCUUUCCAAUCAAAGUCAAACGGACGAAACGAAAGCCGAACAGCUCAAUACCGAGGGUCAUCGUAGUAAAGUGCCCUGCAUUGCUGAUUGGGUGCUGCGACAAUUUCCUACAAUGAAGAGACUGUUUGGAGCUCUUUCACAGUGUUCGACUAAUUCAUUUAAGUUGAUGACAUCCAGCGGUUUCUUUUCUGUCAUACCGAAUAUGUUACUAGACAAUCCACAGACAAUAGUGGAUGCGGUUUUCAAUUUGAUGCGUACGCUAAGCGAUAGGGCAUCAAAUCCGCGUCUAGUUGUUGCUCCAAUUUGCCAAUAUCUUGAAGAGACUACUAUACAACGCAAGUCUACACUGCCACGACUGCAGUUAUCGGAGCCAUUCCUCUGGUAUAUCUCUAAUGUCUUGGAAGUAGCGCCAGCUGUACAGAUUUUCACUCAACUCGGUGGCAUACAGAUCAUUUGUCAUAAUCUGGUGCGGCUCAAUAAGACGAUUAUUAAUAUGCAACCGGGCUUGAUUUCACUGAUCAUGCAGCAUAUGACAAGAAAUACGCGUCUUAAGCUCAAUAGUCAUGUGGCCAGCAACAAUACAUGCAAGAAGACCACAACCGGCACAGGCACAUCCACUUCGACGGCAGCUCAACCGCCCCGUAGCGGAGCACAAUAUGAUGGAUUGAUAAAUUUUGCCCCAUUUUCGCACAUUGUAUCAGAGAAUGAUGCAGCUCAAAGCGCAGAAGUUCUGAUCUCCAAUCCUAAUGCGACUCAUAGGCGUCCGCGGUCUCCGGCCUGGAGUUAUAUGUUCUAUCCCAAUGAGUCUCAUGUGGAUUUGACCAUAACUCUGCCAACGGCGAUAUUGUUAAAGGAAGUUCAACUUAUGCCACACACAUCCAGUCUGGCCUCAUGUCCUUCGGCUGUGGCUCUGGAAUUGUCUAGAGACUAUGGACUGGGUUCCAUACCUGUAGGGCCACCGAUGGCCACCACAGGAUUGACAUGUAUUCGACUGAAACUGGCCAAAGCGGAAGUUGCCACCAGCAUUGUGCUUAGGCUUUACAAACCCAAGGACUGUGGCAAUGUUGGGCUUGUACAGAUAGCCGUACUUGGCCAGACAAUUUUCAACAAUCGUACUCAGAACGCCCGUUCGUGUGUCGAUGGAUUGGGUGCGUGUUCCACAACAUUGUCAAGUGCAUCGUUGGCAGCCAUCGAUGCCGAUUCAAUGCUUGAAGACGAUUCGUUUGCCAAGACAAGCAUUGGUUGGGUGCGCAUACUGUCUCGAUGUUUCCAUGUGGCUGCAUUGCAGCCAGAUAGUAAAUUGGCUGAUUUGAUUGCCUCAUCCCCGGCUGCAUAUCCGGGCUUUUUGGAAGCCUGCUGUUCGCUACUCAAUAUUAUGCCCAUGAUUCCAAGUUUGGCACAGCAACAUCUGGAGACUAUUUUACUCAAGCUAGGAGCCUACAAUCACGAGCUGAGUUUGCAACUGUUACGGACUCUUCUGUGGCACACAACGCCGCAAGUAUUUAAACUGUCCAGCGAUGCCGUUUGCGAUUUGAUCCACGAAGUAGUUACCAGCUCUACGGAGCAUUUGUUGGACAAAUUGCGUGUGCUUUUGGACUGGAUAAUGCAGCUACAUGAUAACUAUAGUCAACAGGCAAGAAGUAAUAAUCCGCAGAGCGGAUUCGUCAAAGUCAUUGCAGCGAUUCUUUGGCGUGUUCAACGUCAGCAGCAGUUGCCAGAGCUCCCGCUACUGAUUUCCUCAAAUCUUUUUGAAACCUGCUACGAAUGGAUAACUACUUUGGAGCACGAUGAACCACUUAAAGCCAGUUUUGAUUCAUUGAUUUGCGCCCUGUGCUAUAUUAAGCCGGAACUGUUUAAUCAACUGCUAGUUAAGGUGGGAGUUAAAUUGGAACCGCCGGCACGCCGCCAGACUGAUGACAGCAAAGUGCAGAGUGGCAGUGCGUGGUUCCGCCGCGAAGGCAGUGAGAAUCUUACCAUUUUGUUGGAACGCCCAGCUUUGCUAAAGACGGUAGCCUUGGCCUGUCAGUCUCCAGUGGCUAUUUACCAAAUGCUCGAUUCGGGUUUGCCGAAGUUACUUGCCCAUGCCAUUUAUGAAUAUUGCACACAUUUGCUGCCUAGCACAGAACCUGUAGCAACAGCCUCCUCGGAAGCUUCUGCCCCAGCAUCACCCCCGUCUUCAGCUUCAACUAGCAGCAGUCAAGCGGCGGCAGCACCAGAGGAACCUAGCCCAGAAGAUCCUUCUUCAUCGAUGACAGACUUUGACAAGGCUGAGGCGAAUAUCGCUCAUAGUGCUCCAUUGCUGACUUGUGCAAAUGUGCCCAAAGUAUUGGACUUUUUCUCCGAGUGCUGUGCUGAGGGACCGAUGCGGGAUUGGCUGGGCACCAUGCAGGGUUCCGUGUUCUGGAAACCUCUGCUUCAGCUGCUCUGUAACACACAUUCAACCCCGUUGAGCAAGACCAUGCCCAUGCAGCAAUCCUUUAUCCGUUUGGAACGUUCCACCAUCAACUUUUUCACACGCGUCAGUGCCUGCCAUCCAGCCAACCAGGAAGUCCUCACAUCAUUGCUUAUAGGAGCCAUAAUAUGUAAACCUGUACGCUCUCUAUCCGGCCAUCGGCCUACAAUUUCGGGAUUUACACGCCAAUUGGUGCUACAAUUACUGUUGGAGAACGAACAUAUCACCGUUGCCGUACGCAGCCAACAGCCCCUGCAGCGCAGGGAUACCCUAUCAGCCAUAAUGGGUGGCUCCAAUGGCGGAGCAAGUACCUCCUUGCCAGUGGCCUCUGUGAAUAAUCAUCCAGCAAAGCGGAGUAGUGCCCAUCACAUACUCUUCAAUGUUACCACAAGCACAACAUGCCAGGAGAUCAUGCAAAAUUGUGUUAGCGUAUAUAGUAACUUAGUGUACCAACCUACACCUACAGAUCAACGUGCUGGCGAUGCUUCGGCAGCAAAUUCCAGCAAAUCCGGUGAAGCCGGCAAGCUGGAGAGCAAGAAUAGCUUCAUCAAUUUAAAUAAUAUAGAAUCUGGCAGUAUGGAAUUCCUAACUGUCGGUGCAGCAGUGGCGGCCAAGGAUAAGCGUAUCAAGGAUGCCAAAAAUCAAGCUGCAUCUAUGAAUAAGGAUAAGGAAACCCAAACCUCCAGUGCAGCUAUGAGCGGCAGCUAUAAAGGUGCGUUCAAUAUGCAGGACUAUGUGCUUCAAUCGGCCAAUGCAGUCAAUGGUAAUCAACUAAUAAUAGCCGAGUAUCCGGAUAUUGUGCUGUCAUUGGAUGCCACCAUCUCUCAGGUGUUGGCCACGUUGUUGGACGCGGGCCACUCACUGUCAGCACCGUGUCUUACACUUGAUCUGAUACCGGAAACACCAGAAUCAUCCGAUGAAGUAUCCGAGUCGAGAAAGGUGAAGGCAUCAUGCGUUGAGCCUUUGCCGUCGCCAUUGCAACGCUUUUCCAGUAGCGGUGGACUCUCAUUGUUGGCCCAUUAUUUACCCACCGUUUACCCUGAACAUUCUGGCCGCAAGGCCACUUCUCUGAUAAGUGAAAAGGAAAAGAGCCCGCCUUUAUCCGAUUGGGUUAAGCUGGAGCCAAAUGAGGAGAUUUAUGAAGAUCUAGAGGAUACCAUUUGUGAGCCAACUGCCAAACAGGCAACAGUCAGUUCAGUUCCACAGCAUUCCUUGGCUGCAUUCGGACUAUUCUUGCGUCUUCCGGCCUAUUCAGAUGUACUGCUAAGAGAUAAACUGCGAGCUCAAUGCCUGUUACGAUUAGUCCUUGGCGUUACAGGUGAUGGAGACGGCAACGACAUCUAUAGCUUAUCAUUGGCCCCAUCUUUGCCUACUUUGCCAUUUGAAGUCUUCCGACAACUAUUGGACUGUGUGCCCUUAUCUACUGAUGACGGAAUGUUAUUGCGCCGCGUUGUCAUUGAGGUUGGAGCCAUGCAUUUGGUUCUCAAUUGUCUGGGCAUAUUCUCCCAUCAAUCGCACACCAGUCGCAUUGGAGCGCCAAUCGUUGAACCUUCGACUAGUAGUAGUGGUGGUAGCACUAAUGGCACCGGUGCAGGUGCAGCCAAAGCAAACGGAGCAGAAGAAGCGACGCCCACUGGUGGUGUCACAUCCGAUGAUAAGAGCCAUAUGUAUUGGGCUAAGGGUACAGGCUUUGGCACUGGGUCUACGACACAAUCGUGGAAUGUGGAGCAGGCUCUGCUGCGACAGAAGAGUGAGGAAGAACAUGUCACCGUGUUGCUGUUGGUGUUGGCUAGCUACAUCAAUCCGGGAGAUUGCAUACCCAGCGAUAUGAGUGGCGAAGUUAAUCUCGCCUACCAUGAUGUGCGCGAUGUAACGGGCGAAUUGCCGUCCAUAUUCCAAACUUUGCUGCAGCAAUCUUGUCUUAUACCUGCUUUGAGUUCAUAUCUGCGUAAUGAUUCCGUGCUGGACAUAACCCGACACAUUCCACUAUAUCGUGCCAUAUUAAAGCUGCUGCGCGCUUUGUCAUUGUCCAAGAGUUUAGUUUCGUUGCUUCAGCCGGUGCCGAGCGCCUGUGGUGAAGGUGCUCCACCCAUAGCCGAGCUGCUAAAGAACAUGAAGACCUGCGUGGACACCUAUGCGAAACGACUUAAAGUCAACAAAAAGUCCAACAUAAAGGGUCAAAACCAACAACUUACCUUCAACAUAGACGACGGCGAUGAUGAGGGCCUGGCUCUACUCAUACCAGACAUACAGGAUACAACCAUGUUGGUGCAAAAGACCAUCGAUGCAGAUGCCCUAAUCAAUAUGUUCAAUAGCAACGAGGAGGGCAUUGCCCAAUUGGAACGGCCGUUGAGUAAAUCUAUUGAGCAGCGUUAUUUGGAACUGAUGAAAAAGCGGCAAUUCGAUACAUAUGAUAUGAUUGUAGAGGCCGAUAACAAUAGCUUUAGAUUUGUAGUCUCGUAUCAUUUUGAAAAAAUGGUGCGACUUGCUGGCGAUCGCUAUCAUCCGUCGCGGGUUAAGCGUUUGGCCCAGGAGACGGUUACCCUGUCGACCAGCCUGCCAUUAAGCUUUAGUAGUUCAGUAUUUGUGCGCUGUGAUACGGAUAGACUGGACAUUAUGAAGGUGCUUAUCACUGGACCGGCUGAUACGCCAUAUGCCAAUGGAUGCUUUGAGUUCGAUGUCUUCUUUCCACCAGAUUACCCCAACUUGCCAAUGCUAAUCAAUCUGGAGACCACGGGCCGGCACUCGGUUCGUUUCAAUCCUAACCUCUACAACGAUGGCAAAGUAUGUCUGUCUGUGCUUAACACUUGGCAUGGCCGACCCGAGGAGAAGUGGAACGCGCAGACGUCUAGCUUCCUGCAGGUUCUUGUCUCCAUACAGUCGCUCAUUCUAGUGCCAGAACCUUACUUUAAUGAACCGGGUUUCGAGCGUAGUCGUGGAACACCCAGUGGAACGAACUCUUCGCGAGAGUAUAAUAGCAAUAUCUACCAGGCAUGUGUGCGUUGGGCUAUGCUAGAGCAGAUUCGCAAUCCAAGUCCCUGCUUUAGAGAUGUUAUACAUAAGCAUUUUUGGCUGAAGCGUGAAGAGAUUUGCAAUCAAAUCGAAGGCUGGAUAAAGGAGUUGAGUAAACCGCAGUACACAGAACGUGCCAGUCGCACCAUAUCGUUCAACUCUAUGGUUCUCCGUCGGCACUAUCGGCAUUUGCGUGAGGAACUGGCUAAAUUGAAGCCACCGCGAGGCCUCGAAGACUUGGAUGCACCUUUCAAUCCAGUGGCUACGUUGCCGCCCAUGGAUGUCUCAACCACAGCGGCGACAUCGACAACAAUAAAUGCCCAAGUUGGGACCGAUGAUGCUCUGGUGCCCGAGCUAAAUUUAUUAAAUGACAAUGAUGAUACACCACCGGAUGGUUUUUUCAAGAAUUUUGAGAAGGAGGAAGGAAUGUUGGUUGGCGAAGAGGAAGUAGUCGAAAUUCUCAGUGAUACAGAGAAUGAGAGCAGUGUUUGGCAUGAAAAGGAGGAGGAUAUGUCAUAAAUUUAAUUGUCUAAUGUGAGAUUUUACCCGCCUCCUCCUCCGUAUAUAGAUUAUUAUUUGACGCGUUCAAAUUUUGUAAACGGUCUUUGUAAAAUUUUUAAUUAUUUUUCGGUAUUGUAAGAGACUGUAACAGAAAAACUUGGUGUGCUUUACUUAAUGAAACAAAAUAAUAAUGUCAAAACAUUUUUGAUGUAUAAUGAAAUCCCAACUAUUCGCAUACAUUUUCGCACUGAAUCAUUACAUAAUUACUAAAUACAUAAUAUGUCCUCUCACACACACACACAGACACAUGCAACUAAAUCUAUGUAUGAAAUAUAUCUAUAUAUAUAUAGGUAUAUAUAUUGAA